AUGUCCAAGGACCUGAAGAUUCUGUGCAGGGACUCCUACCUGGAGCUGAGCAAAGACGGGGGCCAGCAUUUCAGUGGGGAUAACAAAGAGCAUGAAAAUUUACUGAAGAAAAGCUGCACGCUGUAUGUGGGGAAUCUUUCCAUUUAUACAACCGAGGAGCAACUAUUUGAGCUCUUUAGUAGAUGUGGUGAUGUCAGGAAUGUAUUUAUGGGCUUAGAUAAAUUAAAGAAAACAGCAUGUGGUUUCUGUUUUGUAGAAUACUACUACAGAGCUGAUGCUGAAAAUGCCAUGCGGUUCCUAAAUGGGACCGUCUUAGAUGACCAUAUCAUCCACACAGAUUGGGAUAUGGGCUUUAGAGAGGGCAGACAGUAUGAGUGUCGUGAAGAUUUUGAUGCUGGUAGAGAAGAAAUUGAAGAAGAGGCUCAGGCCCAUGACAAGAGAGAAACCCCUUACUAG